AUGUCGGACGCGUCAACUUGCCCACUUAACGACUUCUUCGACAUCGAUGAAGAAAACAACUUGGAUGAAUUAAAAAAGGGAGACGCAGAAAUAUACGAGGGAACGUUUUUAUCGUACAUUUAUAACCAAUUUGCGUUCUGUUGCACGAAUUUUUUCGACGAGUUGGAAAAAAAAAAAAAAAAAAAAAACAUUACAUUGAAGAAAACCUUCUUGGAUGACUAUAAGAACAAAAAGGAUGUUAGCCAAUUCCAGGUCUUUGAUAAAAUCCUCAAAAAAAGUGCAGACUUAGCUAAGGAGGUGCCACUGGAUUCGAAGUAUUUUAACCCCCACGCAGACUGGUGUGAGUGCGCCCAUGAAGUAGACAUUGAACUGACGAGCGAAGAAGUGGAGUUUUGCAUUUUUAACUUUUUUUUAAAAAUGUACAGAUCGGAAUCAAGAGACAAAGAUUUACUUCUAUCCAUCAUACUGGAAUGUCUGUACAGCAGGAAAAAUUUCAAAAAGGAGUUUUACGCUCAGAAAGCAAAAUUGAAAUUUUUAAAAGAAAUAAAAAAUAUAGAAAUAAGCAGCUUCAAGGAAUCAUUAAAUGAAUUGAUUAACACAAUUGAAAAUACCAAUUUUGUUCAAAUUAAUUCAGACCAAAUGACGAGUGAUAAAUUUCACUUCAAAUUGUACGUCACCAUCCAAAUUAAAUAUACCUAUGGAGUUUACAUUUUUAAUUGCGAUGAGAUUUACGACAUCGUUGUUAUUGAUUGUAAUACUUUAAAUAAUAAUAUGCCCAAAAUGAUGAGCUUUUGCUCCUUGAGGAAAUUUAUAUCCUUCCUGAGCAGCGUUUAUUCCACCAAUUUUUCUGAUGAAAAUGUGCAUCACUCAUUUCCAAUCGUCGUGUACGAGUCCAAGGAGUGCUACGCACUGUCGCAUAAUCACCUCCCCCUUAAGGAGACGGUCUUCAAUAACAGAAGGGGCAAUUUACAGAAAAAGGACAUUUUGAAUGACCAAGGGGGGGACGAUCUGGACGGGGAGCAAAGCGAAGAGGAGUCGCAUGGCGUUGAAUCAUAG